GCCAGGCCUGUGCGUCCUCUCCAGGCUCCCUGGAGACCCAGAGGGAGCUUGGCUCAGCUGGCCACACCAGCCCGGCGGAGACAUGAACAAGAUCUUGCCCCAGGGACGAGCCAACGGCCAUGCUGCUGCUGCUGCUGGAACCAAAGCCCGGCCCGAAAGAGAAGGAGGCCGUGGUCCCUGCUGCUCACGACGGGGAGCCUGCCUGUCCGCCCUCCUGCUGCUCCUGCUGGCCACGCUUGCUGCCCUUGUCAUCCUGGUCACCAGCCUCGGACUCCCGUCCCGAACGCCAGGGGCCCAGGCCUGUGUGACACCGACCAACAGGACAGGCUUCCUGUGCCGUGACAGGAGGAGCUGCAUCCCCGCCAGUGGGGUGUGUGAUGGCCGUCGCACUUGUCCGCACGGCGAGGACGAGGACGAGAGCUUAUGCCGAGACGUGCCCCGGAGCCUCCCCAGCUUCCUCGUGGCCCGCUGCGGAGACCCGGCCUCCUGGAUCUACUCUGACCAAAAGUGCGACGGGACCAACAACUGCGGGGACUGCUCGGAUGAACUGAGCCCAGUGACCGCGUGCCCGCCCUGCGGCCCUGGGUGGUGGCACUGCCCUUCCACCUUCUUCAUGUACUGCGGCUGUGUCCCGAGGACCCUGUGCCAGGACGGCACGCAGCACUGCUCAGACUGGUCCGAUGAGUACUCCUGUCCACAACCCUGAAGGGCGUCCACGCCAGCCAGAGGCUGCUGGGGAUGGCGCUGAUGACUGCUCAUGCACAGCCUGAACCCUGGGCCGCCAGGCCAGGAAGGCGCUUUCAAAAUCAUCGCAUGGAGUGUGGGGUGUAGCUCGAUGGUAAAGCACUUGCCUAGCACGCCCGAGGCCCUGGCUCCCGUCCCAGCGCUGCAGAACAAAGCAAAGCACAGUGGGCUCGUGGCACCUGCACGUCACCUAUAACUCGGAAUCGCCUCUCCUACUUCCCAGUGCCUCAGCCUCUCCCCGAAUGCCUGUAUCGACAGGGAGUUAGCUCUCUGUCAGGUCCGGCACCUUCAAACAAAGAUGAGAAUCUGCUUCUGUGGUUUUAGCUCUGUCAGGGCCCACACAGAGGAAAUGGGCACCUCUGCUCCAAGACAGGUUUGCAGCUUCUGAUCUUGUCACUCCCUGGAAAGAUCAGUCUGGGCCCUUGCUGCCGAGCUGAGGAGUUUGGCCGUCCUCCAGGAUGGCGCAGAAGUGAAGCACAUGCCACUUCCUGCCCUGCUGGUACCUAAGGCAGAGGGCGCUGGGCCUUCCUUGCUGACUGGUCACGUGAGAUUCCACGGGAGGAAGUGCGCUUGUCAUCCUGCCAGCAGGAAGCGCCCCAGAGACUUGCCUGUGGAACAGAAGAUGUGCGGGGAGGAUGGCUGCAGGACCCCUCACCACUCUGUCCUCUCCGCCAAGCUCCCCUCCCCCCACCCCAGCUGCCAGCCAGACAGCCUUGGCUCCCAAAGAAAGGACCGGAGCCACAGUGAGCUGCUUCUCAGCCUCUUCCCACUUCACACACCCAGGCAGGCACGGACAGAUGUCUCCCCUAAACAGGCGGGGAAACUGAGGCGCAGGGUGAGCGACCCAGCCAGGGUCUCACAGCAAAGUCAGGGCUAGAACCGGGACUGAGACUCAUAAGCCACACCCCAGCCCAAAGCCUUUGUCGCUCUCCAGGAGCCCAUGCCUGGCUGGGCUCAGAACGUGUCCUGCACUCAUUCUGGAGACAUGGAGAGAGAUGUAGAUUCCAGACAAGGGGAGGGCUCCAGUCAGAGGAACAGAUCUAACACUAUUUUGCUUUUAUAGCUCAGUCUCCUGUGAAUUUUGAAAUGGAAAUGGGCGUCAGAGAGAGUGGCGCGCCAUGCUUUGCUCAUUGCCCCACUCCUUUCUCUGGCACACUCUGCCUACGUGGGCCAAGUUGGGGUGCCGGGCUCCCAAAGAUGAGGCCUGGGAAUAGAGGCUGCACCUCACGUCAUGGAGGGGCAGGUGGGACAGCGGGAAAGGCUGGGCCCCAAGGGGUGCCGCUGCGAGCCAGGCCAUCCCAUUUCUGACUUGAUCAUCCAGGGAUUACGGAGCGCUCCUAGGUGCUGCCUGAGGAAUGAGAACGUGCUCUGGGGCCUUCGGCUGAGUUUCUCUGCGACUGCAGCCUGAGCGGGACCUGCAGAGCCCCGGCCCACCUCGGCUCCCCAGGGUUGUGUUGUGCCUGCUGACCAGGGAGCCUCCCUCCCACAGACUAUGGCGGGAGGUGGGGAAAGGGUAACAUGGGGAACCCCAGCCCCUCAGGAGGGCACGGGGUAUGCAGAGCUCAGCCAGGAAAAGUCCACCAGCCAGAGCGGGCAACGCCCCGGGUGGGGGAAUAGGAGAGGAGCAAGAGAGGGGAGCGGAUCCUGGAGGGCUCAGCCGGUCACACUGCACUCUGAGGGCAGUGGGGUGUCAGUGGAGCCCUAACCAGAGAAAUGCCUGUUUAGAGUCCCUAACACGUCUCCCUGGACAGGCAAGGUAGCCAGCUGGCCUGCACUUAGUCAGGGACAGAGCCAGGCAGCCGGCCUCUGAAGCUGGGUUGGCUGUCCCGAGUUGCCUCAUGGUUAGGGGAUCUCUGCUUCUUCAGAGAGGAAGGAGUCAAAAGCAUGGAGGGCACAGGAGUGGGCACCCUGAAGCUGAGAAGUGGGAGUCCCAGGUGCCCGAGGGUGUGGAACAGCUUGGCUUCCAGGCUGCAGAGAGGGACCUUGCCUGAGGGGCCAAGGUUUUAAGCAGGAGGAGUACACUGAUCUGCUUUGGAAAGGGCUGCAAAGAAGGGUGAGGAAGGGUCCUGAGACAGGCUAACUGCUGGGCUUCUGGGAGGACUAGGAGAGAUCCAGAAAGAGCAAAGCUCCCUGCAGAAAAAGUGGUGCCCCGUGCUGUGCUGGCAGCUGUCACAAGUAUUAGCAGCCAGCGCUUAGGGAGAAGGUCUGAUCUCUGGAACCUCGUUUUCUCCAGUCUUCACAAGCACUCCGGAAACCUGGUUUGGUUACUCCACUUUCUAGGGGCACAGAGAGAUAAAGGUAGUGGCUAGGAUCACACAGCUUUUAAGAUGCAGAUUCAGGAGCUAAACUUUCAUGCACUCAAAAUCAGAGCCCACCUGUGCUGUCUCCGCUGUCUCUCUUGCUGUCAGCCAGGGCUCCCCAGGGGCAGCUGAACCCAGGCCAGGGGCUCGGCCUGAGAACAGCUGGUGGCUGGCGUUGGCAGCAGAGCCUGCGUUUGUUCUGCUUUGUCUAUCAGUUCUUCCACUCCGAAAGGAACAUGUACGGUACUACUCUCCAAGCUGCACUCCAUAGGGAGGCCUGGGAGAGGAGGAAGAGCAGGCUCUCCCCUGGAGCGGCAGCAGAGCAGCCUGGGCCAAGCUACGCAGCCAGCAUCAAUAUUUGCCCUCUCCCUGCCUCCCGGGCCCUGGCUCCAAGAUCAGGACUUUGAGUACAACAGGUUUUUCUCUGUGCAAACACGCAGGGAUAGAUGAAUGGAAUUUAAAGGGGCUCAGGCUGGGCCCCAGGGUCUGCGUUGGAAAUCUGGUCUGGUUUAACUGUGUGCCGUUACUGUUUGCCAGGGGCUGUCUCUUAUCCUUAGACACACAGCCACAGACAUCAGCUCGGGCAGGGCCCUCAGAGCAUAGCCUGGCUCUUGACAAAAGAGAAUACUGCUUCCCCAGAAGGGAAGGGGACCUGCCCAAAGUGGCACUUCCUGGUGGCUGUCACAUAGUCACACAGUGGUCCCCUCUUGUCUGCGGGGUACAUACAUUCCAGGGCCCCUAGUGGAUGGGCAAAGAGCACCAAACCCUGCAUGUACUAUGUUUUUUCCUAGGAUAAAGUUUAAUUCAUAAAUUAGGUACAGUAAAAGAUCAACAGCAACAAUCAGUAAUAAAAUAGAACAGUUAUAACAA